AUGGCACAAAUACAAGAAUCACAUGGCUAUUUUGAUGAAGAUAAUAUUCUUUCUCGAAAUAGUUUAUCAUUAUGUAAAGCUAAUUACUUUGAAACAUGUUGGUGUAAAGUAAAUUCAACUGAAUCAAUAAUAUGUCCAUAUUUAUUACGACAUGUGAUUUCAUUUUCAAAUUCAUCCUAUUUUUGUGUUUAUCAUACAAUUCGAAAAGCUAUUGAAUGUUUCAAUUCAACGUCAAUUUUUCCAAAAAAUGAUUCAGUUUCAACAAUUUAUGUUUAUUUAACAAUAGUCAUAUUUACAAUAGGUUUUAUUGGAAAUGGUUUAUCAAUGAUAAUUUUAUUAAAUAAAACAUUACGUCGUUUAGGUUUUUAUCGUAAUUUAACUAUACUAUGUGCUUUCAAUAUUUUCUAUUUAUUGGCAAUAUCAAUUCGUCAUAUAAAUACUUAUAGUCAAGAUUUACGUCAUAUUUCACCAGAAGUAUGUCGUUUACAUACAUUUAUUGUAGCAUUUACUGGACAUCUUUGCUCAUGGCAACUUGUUUCAACAAGUAUUCAACGUGUACAUGCAUUAUUUGGUUUACAUCCUCAUCAAACAAAAUCAUGGGUAUGUAGAAGUAGAUAA